AUGGAAAUUAGGAGGGAGGAUGAAGUUGAGGACAUGUCAUUGUCACUCCCAACAAUGGGGACUAUGCAGAUUGCCGGGAGUGCUGGUUUUGGUCACAACAUUGAAUUCAUGGCUCAAGCAUACCUUAGAAAUAGGUAUUCAGAGAUUGAUAUAGAAGAUGAGAGUUCUAAUACCAACAAAGAUCACCCUCUUCCAAUAUAUCUCAAGUUUGAAGAUGUGGAGUAUAAAGUGAGAAAUAGCCAAGCUUCCUCCAACAAUCCAGUGAAGGCAGUAGUGUCCAAGGUAGCCACACAGCUGAACAUGGAGAAAGACAAUCACAAGCAUAUAUUGAAGGGGAUAACGGGAAGUAUUGGCCCUGGAGAAAUUCUGGCUCUGAUGGGUCCUUCUGGUAGUGGGAAAACAACCUUGUUAAGAGUGAUAGGAGGAAGAUUACCUGACAAUGUUAAAGGAAAAAUUACUUAUAAUGACAUCCCAUAUAAUGCAGCUGUCAAGAGGAGGAUUGGAUUUGUGACGCAAGAUGAUGUGCUCUUCCCACAAUUAACAGUCGAAGAAACUUUGAUUUUUUCUGCAUGUUUAAGGCUUCCAAGCAACAUGAGCCGACAACAAAAAUAUGCACGAGUAGAGAUUAUUGUGAAGGAGCUAGGCCUUGAAAGAUGUCGUCACACAAGAAUAGGUGGAGGAUUUAUAAAAGGAAUAUCAGGAGGAGAAAGAAAAAGGACCAGCAUAGGUUAUGAAAUUCUUGUCGAUCCUUCCUUAUUAUUGCUUGACGAACCAACUUCAGGCCUUGAUUCCACCUCGGCAAAUAGACUCCUUGUACUUCUUCAAGUACUUGCGAAGGCAGGAAGGACAAUAAUCACAACUAUCCACCAGCCAUCAAGCAGAAUGUUUCACAUGUUUGACAAACUCCUGCUAAUAUCAGAAGGCUACCCUGUGUAUUAUGGAAAGGCUAGAGAGUCAAUGGAUUAUUUCGCAUCAUUAGGAUUCAUCCCAGAGAUACCAAUGAAUCCUGCAGAGUUUUUGCUUGAUUUAGCAACUGGUCAAGUGAAUGGCAUAAGUGUCCCAGCAGAUUUGUUGACACUUCAAGAAUCUCCUGACUAUGAGAAGGCUGUAAUCAAAUUUCUACAAGUCAAAUACAAAAAUCAACUGGAGCCAAAGGAAAAGGAAGAAAAUCACCGAACAAAGACACCGGAACAUCUUCAAUUAGCCAUUCAAGUAAAGAAGAAUUGGACAAUGACUUGGUGGGAACAAUUCAUGAUACUAUCAAAGAGAACAUUCAGAGAAAGGUGCAGCGAUUAUUUUGAUAAGCUAAGACUUGUUCAAGCAACUGGAGUUGCAGUCAUAUUAGGCCUUCUAUGGUGGAAAUCCAACACUGACACAGAGGCUCAACUCAGAGAUCAAGUUGGUUUAAUGUUCUACAUUUGUAUUUUUUGGACAUCAUCAUCAAUUUUUGGAGCAGUAUAUGUGUUUCCAUUUGAAAAGAUCUAUUUGGUAAAAGAAAGGAAAGCAGACAUGUAUAGAUUGAGUGUAUACUAUGUGUGCAGCACUCUGUGUGACAUGGUGGCGCAUGUUAUCUAUCCUACCUUCUUCAUGCUCAUUGUGUACUUCAUGGCUGGCUUCAGCAGGACUGUCCCUUGCUUCUUCCUGACAUUAUUUGCUGUACUGUUGGUAGCUAUAACAAGCCAGGGGGCAGGAGAACUAUUUGGAGCUGCAGUUAUGAGUAUUAAAAGGGCUGGCAUGGUUGCUUCUUUGAUACUUAUGUUGUUUCUUCUCACAGGAGGUUACUAUGUCCAGCAUAUACCGAAAUUUAUGCGCUGGUUGAAGUAUUUGUCAUUCAUGUACUAUGGCUUCAGACUUCUUCUGAAAGUGCAAUAUUCUGGAGACCAAUUAUAUGAGUGCCAAAGCCAAGGAGGGUGCAGGACGCUUCAGAGUUCGCCUUCAUUCGACACAGUGAACCUUAAUGGUGGCUUGAAAGAAGUAUGGAUUCUGCUAGCCAUGGCUAUUGGUUACCGAUUUUGUGCUUAUUUUUGCCUUCGCAGAAGAAUUAACGUAUGCAAUCUUUGAAUGCAUGUUUCAUUUCAUGUUUCAAUCAGUAAAGAAAAAAAAUAUAUUGCUAUGACU